GCCUCUGCUGUCAGUUCCGGCUGCUUGGUGAGGAAGAGGAUCCGGCCUCGGAGUUGCUUCCGCCGCCGCCUGUGGGGACUUAGCUCUCUCUCCCGACACUAGGAGCACCGGCUCCUUCCCCCUCCGCCGGCCAUGGCCCGGGACUACGAUCACCUCUUCAAGCUCCUCAUCAUCGGCGACAGCGGUGUUGGCAAGAGCAGUUUGCUGUUACGCUUUGCAGACAACACUUUCUCCGGCAGCUACAUUACUACAAUUGGGGUAGACUUCAAAAUCCGGACAGUUGAGAUUAACGGAGAAAAGGUGAAGCUACAGAUUUGGGACACUGCUGGACAAGAGCGCUUCCGAACCAUCACGUCAACGUACUACAGAGGAACACACGGGGUUAUUGUGGUUUACGACGUCACGAGUGCCGAAUCCUUUGUGAAUGUGAAGCGGUGGUUGCACGAAAUAAACCAGAAUUGUGACGAUGUUUGCCGGAUAUUGGUUGGCAAUAAGAAUGAUGACCCAGAGAGGAAAGUGGUGGAGACGGAAGAUGCCUAUAAAUUUGCCGGGCAGAUGGGGAUCCAGCUGUUUGAGACGAGCGCCAAAGAGAACAUUAAUGUGGAAGAGAUGUUCAACUGCAUCACAGAGUUGGUACUGCGAGCAAAGAAAGACAACUUGGCAAAGCAGCAGCAGCAGCAACAGAACGACGUGGUGAAGCUAACGAAGAAUAGUAAACGGAAGAAGCGGUGCUGCUAAUGCCCUUUCCUCCUGCGGCAGAGACCGCCCACUCAGACAGCUCAGCCCUUCCAGCCAGACUUGGGCAGUUCCACUGGGCUAGGCCUUGGGAGGACUUGUUUUUUUUCUCAGUUUGUGCCGUUAUUUAAAAUGAAUUCUCUCCGCGUCUUCAGUCAGGAGGCACCUUACCACAGCAGUGCCAAGAAGGUAUUGGACGGAGGUGAUCCCUCCCCCUCUCUCCUUUCUUUUUUCAAGAGCAUCUUGUAGACAAAAAAAAUGACUUUGCCUACCAAGUGGACUUUUGAUUCUAAACGUUUGUACAUAAUGUAUAUUUGCUUUAACCAACUGAGUCUGCCCCUCGUGUCGCUUUGGCUUCUGCCUUCUUAAUAUCAUCCGAUCAUGGGUUGUCCA